AAAGCAAUCGCGAUGCCCCCUCAGUCAACCCCAAAGCACAUAUUGGACUUACUUCAGAGAGCGGCUGAGAGUGGCUCGGGCACUGGAAUUCGAUAUCUUGACAAAGGAUUGAACGAAUCAGCGAGCUUUGUGCUGUAUGCUCAACUCUAUCAACGAGCCAAGGACAAUGCCUCUCGACUACUGGAAGCUGGAGUCGUAAAGAAUGGAAGCACUGUCAUCACAUAUUUCGACACUCACUCAGACAAUGUGCUCUGGUUUUGGUCUGUGGUCGCCGCGGGCGGUGUAUGUGCUGUGCUCAACCCAGUGUCCAACGAACCAAAAACUGCCGCAGGCCAGCUUGACAAUCUUCGGGCAUUAUUUGGAUCAACACCGAUUCUCACUUCGCACAAGCUAUCAUCUAUCAUCGCCUCUCGAAAGCUCAAUGUAGUGUCAGUGGAAGGUCUUGGCCGCCGUCAAGACAGUGGGCUCUCAUCGCCGACAGAGCCAAAUCCGAUUGAUUCCCAUGACAUCGCGGCGAUCCUCUUCACAUCGGGGAGUACUGGACACUCCAAAGCUGUGAAAUUCUCUCAUGCCCAGCUGAUCGAAUCUGUGCGAGCCAAAUCCGCUUAUCUCUCCACGAAGGGUAGGGCAUUCAUGUCCUGGGUCUCAUUCGACCACUCAGCCUGCUUUUGCGAGGUUCAUCUCCAUGCGAUAUUCAAUGGAGACGACCAAGUCUUUGUGCCAACCACAGAGCUCGUCUCUGAGCCUUGGCGAUUCUUCCAAGUGUUGUCCGACAACAAGAUUGGGUAUACCUUUUCACCGAAUUUCUUCCUCGCAGCUGCAGCAGAAUCUUUCUCAAAACAAGGAAGCGACGCUCUGAGUCUCGAUCUUAGCAAUCUGUCAACAAUCAUGUGCGGUGGAGAAGCCAACCGAACGAAGACUUUGGCAGCUGUGGACGAGGUGCUCAAGCAGUACGGUGCUCCUCCACAUAGCAUCAAGGCCGCAUAUGGUCUGAGCGAAACUUGUUCAGCUUGUUUCUACAACUUGGAAAGUCCAGACUACGAUGUUGCGAACUCCAACACUUUCGCCUCUGUUGGCAAACCACUACCGGGACUGGAAUGCAAGAUCGUGCCAACAUUCGACGACGCAGAAAGUGAACAAGAAGGCGUAAUUCACCUACGCGGCCCGGUAAUCUUCAUGGGAUAUCACAACAACGAGGCUGCCACCUCUGCAUGCAUGACCGAAGACAACUGGAUGAAUACUGGAGACAUUGGACGCUUUGAUGAGAAUGGCAAUCUACAACUCCUCGGUAGAGCGAAAGAAGUGCUGAUCCUCAACGGCAAUAAUUACUCUUCAUUCGAGCUCGAAUACGCUAUCGAGAGCAGCAACAUUGCCGGCUUGACCCCAUCUUUCACAGCUGUGUUUUCUACAUGGGAUCAGGAAAGGGACUCAGAGGCGCCAGUGGUCCUGUUCAAUCCGACUGAGGAUGCCAUCGGACCCAAGAACCUGCGAGCCACUCUGCGAGCCAUCGACAAGGCGGUAUUCAGUGUCUGUGCCCAGAAAGCAUUACACAUCAUACCUUUGCCAAAAUCUCAGCUUCCCAAGUCGACCAUUGGCAAGCUUUCGCGGGCGAAAUUGAGGCAAUCAUUCGAGAAGGGCCUCUUCGGCGACUACAUCAUUGAUAAUGCGCAAACUCUAUUCCUCCUUCAUCCAGGUGCGGGAGAGUUCCUUUGCUGGAUAGGUCUUCUGAAGUAUCUGCCAGACCGGCCAAUUUACGCACUGCGAGCCAAGGGUUUGCAUCCUGGAGAAGGCACAUUCGACAGCUUGGAUGAAUUGCUGGACACAUACUACAAAGCCAUCCGACGAACGCAACCCAAAGGUCCCUAUGCGAUGCUGGGCUACUGCUUCGGAGGACUUUUGGCCUUCGAAUUGACCAAGAGGUUCGAGGCUGAAGGUGAACAAGUGCUUUUCUGCGGUGGCAUCGACAACCCACCAAGCCUCAAAAGCACCAUCGGCCAAGUACGCUAUCGCUCCUUGAUGAUUGACCUCCUGCCAGUAGUGUCAAAGUACACAGAAGACGAAGCGAGAGCUUUCGCCGAAGAAACAGCCGAUCUGAGCGACGAGGACUUCUACGCUCUCCUCUUCAACAAAUUCUCGCCCAGGUUCAUCGAAAGCAUGGACAUCACGGUACCUCGUCUGCAAGCUUUCGGUCGGGUUGAGGACUGCAUGCGUCUCAUGGCCGCUAAUUACGACCCCGAAGGUCAAGUGGCUACUGCAGAUAUCUUCUGCGCGGAUCCAAUGCCACACUUCGGGGCGACACCGGAGGCCUGGAGGAGCGACGUGCUUAGUGGUUGGAAGUCUUACGUGAAAGAUCAGAAUGUUCGCUUCCACGAAGUCCUCGGCACGCAUAUCAGUCUGAUCAAGGAGCCUCUGAUUGAAGACUUCCAGCGGAUCCUGAACGAGGCAUUGGCAGGACGUGGGAUCUAGAAUGUACGGGAUUCUUUUUCGGGUUAUUUGUUCGGGACAGCGUUGUGAUUAUGGU